UGACGUGAGAAAAGUGUGUGUUUUUUGUUGACAUAAACAGUGAGUGUUUUUGAUUGCAUCACAAUUUGGGAUCCGCUUCUUCUCCGCCACUCUUUGUCCGCAAUUUAUUGUCCAUUUGUCCGAUUGUGUCAACUAUUGUCUUAUAUUAACCACAAUUGAGUCAAUGGUUUGUCAUAUAUCGUGAAUUUGCAUCAAUUAAUGAAUGAAUGGAUGAAUUGUUGGUGUUUUGAGACAAUUGUUUGUUGUCUUUGUCAUUGAUUUGGAGACAAUGAGUACCACCGAAGACAAUACUCUAGACAGCAAUGAGAGCAGUGACUCAGUGUCUGUGUGUCGACGCCGUGGUCUGUCUGAACACCUGGUCCUGCAUUACGUGCACACAUGUGUCGGCCGCAAGAUCUACGAGUCGGCCAGAGAUGGGAUGUCUGUCACGCUUUACGCUCUGCUCCACAAUCUGUCCAAAUCGGAGGCCAAUCGCUAUAUCAACGAAUUGGUGGCCGACGGACAGACAAAAUGCUCGCCACUGAUCAUCGCCGCCAAGAAUGGCCACCAGAAUAUCGUCAAACUAUUGGUCAUGAAGUUCUCGCCCGACCUCGAGUUGGAGGGAUCCGUUCAGUUCGACGGCUAUCUCAUUGAAGGCGCCACAGCUUUAUGGGUGGCCAGCAGUGGAGGGCAUCUCAAUAUCGUUAGAUGUCUUGUCGAGCACAACGCAAAUGUGAAUCACUGGACAAAAACACAGUCAACUCCUUUAAGGGCCGCCUGUUUUGAUGGACGACUCGAUAUCGUCAAGUAUUUGGUUGAACACAACGCAGACAUUCAUUUGUCCAACAAAUUCAAUAACACACCGCUUAUGAUCAGUUCAUAUAAGGGUCAUUUAGAGGUCGUUGAGUAUCUGCUGUCGUUGGGCACCGACCCGAAUACCCGCGCCCUAUGCGGGGCCACAGCCCUGCACUUCGCCGCAGAGAACGGCCACUUAUCUGUCAUCAAAGAGCUUCUGUCUAAUAACGCGGUCAUAACAAAGAAUUCAAUCGGAAUGACACCCAUAAUGACUGCCGCGGCGUCCGGUGCCGCACAUAUAGUCGAAUAUUUCACGAACUCUUCAUUCGAACAAAUCUCUGAAAUCGAAAGGAUAGAAGCGCUGGAACUGUUGGGCUCUUCGUAUGCCAACGAUAAAGACUCGUAUGAUUUGGAGCGCUGUUAUUACUACAUGGAAUGGGCGAUGAGGUGUCGCUUCCGGAACCCAUUAACGCCAUUACCGAAGAAACCUUUGCCACCGAUCGCUGCCUACGAUAAUCGAGUCGAAUGUCAGACAUUAGAAGAAUUAGUUUUGAUUCAAUCGAAUAGCAGUGCUCUUCAUAUGGAAUCGUUGGUCAUUCGGGAGCGUAUAUUAGGUGUGCAUAACCCGGAACUCCCGCAUCCCGUCAUAUUCAGAGGCGCUGUCUAUGCGGACAGCGCUCGCUUCGAUCGGUGUCUUCAGCUAUGGUUACACGCAAUGAGAUUAAGAACUCUUAAUACGGUUUCAAUCAAAAAGGAUUUGUUACGAUUUGCACAAGUCUUUAGUCAAAUCAUUAACAUUAGACACGAUUUGCCUUUUGAUUCAUUGAAUGAAGUGAUGGAAACGGCUUUCAAUGAAUUGAAGCGAAACAAAGAGACGCUCAUUAAGUGUUGCGAUCAAAGCUCCAUAGAUAUCAUUCAAGAAGAACUCGACGAUAAUAUUCAUACCGUUCUCUAUCUUAUAGUCAUUGUAACAAAGAUCUUAAAAACAUUGUCAAAAGAAGAAGAAUUGUGUUUAUUUCGAUUGAUUUAUAACAUUAACAAACUUGAGUUAAGAACCAAAGACGGCUCAUCUCUAUUACAUCUGAGUGUUAGCGCCGACACACCUAUCGACGACUUUUAUACCAAAAAUGUUUGCAAGUUUCCCUGUGCCAACACCGCUAAGAUACUAAUCCAAUGCGGCGCUGAUGUGAACGCAUUGGACGAGCGCCGCAAUACACCACUCCAUCUGAUAGUGGCCUAUCAGAAGCCAAUCAGUGAUUUUCUUACUCUUCACGCCAUUACGACAUCUCUGGUGGAAAGCGGCGCACAUAUGGAUGCCGUGAACAACAGGAAUGAGACGGCGAUGGAGUCGGCGACCACUGGUGUCGCAGAAAUUUUGCUCAAAACACAAACGAAGAUCAGUUUGAGAUGUUUGUCGGCUAAAGCUAUUAAGAGUUAUGGAAUCCAAUACAACCACCUCUUUCCACAACCAAUCGUUCAUUUCAUUGACAUUCACGGCGUGUCCGCCAAACAAAUC